AUUUACAACGUGCAAUAAAAACAGCUGACCAGUUGUCAAAAGAGGCAGGAAUCACUUUUAGAGAUUCGCAGAGGUUUUUUGCCAAUUGGUUUUUUAUUUUAUCAUUUUACAUCAUUUGGCAUUCUGUAAUAGAAUAGGAUAGAAGUUACUUAUUUACAUGCCAAGAAGAAACUUGAUUUACAAAAUGUAAAACUUGGACUUAACUACAUACAUCUAUUCACUUUUUAAACUUAUUAGCUAAUUAACAAUAACUCUCUUUACCGUUUAUGUAGGCUUCUCUUAUUUUUAAGCAUAACUAACACAUUCUAUUAGUGAUUAGAUUUAUAGUUAUUACUUUACUAUCAUGUUACUAAAAUGUAUUAUAUAAAAUUUUUAUGCCACUUUGUUCCUAUCCUUAUCCUGCUUGAGUAGUAUGGAACAUGUUGUAGCAUGAAAAAUGAAGAAGAAAAAGAACCUCCCAAAUAGCACAGUCUACAGUAUGCAAGCGUAUAAUGGAAAAACUAGGUCAAGUUGACAUGGAUCACCAGCAGCGUCGGGUAGUCUGCAUACCACAGGAUAGCUUCUAUCGUGACUUAACACCCGCUGAAAAAGUGAAAGCUGAGAAGGGACAGUACAAUUUUGAUCAUCCUGAUGCCUUUGAUGAUGAUUUGAUCUUGCAAACGCUGCAAGAUAUACUUGCUGGUGUCAAAUGUGAAAUACCAGCUUAUGAUUAUAGGACAAAUAGUUUAAUGAAAGAUCAAGUUACCACAAUUUAUCCCGCGGAUGUAGUACUGUUUGAAGGAAUACUGGUAUUUUAUUUUCCCAAAAUUCGAGAUUUGUUUCACAUGAAAUUGUUUGUGGACACUGAUUCUGAUACCAGACUUGCAAGAAGAGUGCCAAGAGAUAUAAAGGAACGUGGAAGAGAUUUGGAUUAUGUUUUGAAUCAAUACAUGAACUUUGUAAAACCAGCUUUUGAGGAGUUUUGUUUACCAACAAAAAAGUUUGCCGAUGUCAUAAUACCAAGGGGAGCAGAUAAUACAGUGGCAAUAGAUCUAAUAGUGCACCACAUCUGGGAUAUUAUGCGUUUGAAAAACGCCGAAAACUCAGCCGGGCAGCAUCCAUUCCUCUACCAGCGUAGGCGUACUUCGGCCUCAUCCGACACGCUCAGCAGAUGACUUAAGCAUGAUAAGCUCACUCUGUCAAGCACUGCAUUUUUUCUACAUCACGCUCUUAUGUAUGACUAAAUUCUAUGCGACGUUUUUUCCAAUCCUUUUUCUAAUAAUUACAAAGAAGUAAUGUCCGUUUUUGAAUGUAAGAUUACUUACAUUUAUAUCAUCAACAUGGAUUGGCAAUAAUUUAAGGAACAAAUAGUUAAAAUAUGUGACAUAAAUAGUUGAUUGAAAGAAUAGAAGAAAAAACGAAUGAAUACGAUAAAUACUUUUGCUAUAAUAUUUAUCAAGUUAGAUUGGAAUAACUUCUGCCAAGGUCAAUCUAAUAAUUGCGAGAAGUAUUAAAUUUUGAUACAAAACUUGAUAUUUGUAUUUACUAACAUUUAGGAUUUUUAUUUCUGCUGUGAUACUUUAUAAACACUACAUUGUGAUCAAUUAAACACAUUUAUUAUUUCUUUAUUUUUUAAAAAUUCAAAUCUUAUGUAGAAACGGACAUUGUUUAUUUGUCGACUAUAUAUUAUGAUGACUUUGACGGAUUAUAUCUUACACUUAUAUGGCGAAGAGAACGAUGCUUUUGAUACAUAUUUUAUCCUGAAUGAAUACAUUAGUACAUGAAUUAAAUUACAAUUUUAAGUUGUUGAGAAAUUGCAUGAAAUUGUGUAAAUCCACUAAAAAAAUAGAUGAGUUAAAAGGGGCUGAUAGCAGUGCAGUUAACACAAUCGAAUUCUUGAUUGUUCAACUUUGAAUUUAAUUUAAAUAUUUUUUAAAUUAUCUUUUUAAAUUUCUAUAUGUAUAUUUGAAUAUACAUCGCUUUAUAUCUCUCAUGUCUAUUUGCUAAAGAAUCAAUAUUUCUAGAUUUUUUACAUGAGAAAUGUAAUAAUAAAGUACUUAAACGAUGUCGAAUCAUUUAGACUGAAAGAAACAACUUCGUUUUAAAAGUUGUUUAUUACCUUAACUCAUAAUUCUUCAAUUAAGGUUAUUUGUGCCUCAAUUUAAGCAAAGAGAAAUAAAAUAAGAAUAUAAAAAUUUUAGGAAUAUUUUCUAAUUUUGAGAAAUUAGGAAUUCAAUUUCAUUAAAUAAAUUUCUAUCAUAAAUUAUUUUAUCUUGAUCAUUUUUGCAAGUUUUAACUUUUAACAUCAUAUCAAAUAACUAUCACUCAAUUUUCUGGACAAAUAUUUCACAAGUAUUACGUAAAGAAACUUGUAAUAUGUAUGUGUGCGAUAUCUGUGAUAUGUGUGUAAAUUUGUAUGUUUGUGUAUAAAUGUAUUUUAAAUACCGCAUACAUUUUAGACUUCUCUAUAAGACAUUAUUCGAUUUCUAAUAACACAUGUUUUGCAUUUCGCAUAAUAACUUAGAAUGUAAUUACAUACAAGUAUCCACUAGCAUAAUUGUCUAAGAUGCAUUUAUCUAAUUUAGACUUACCACGAAAUAUUUGUCUAUUGCUCUUUAUAAUAAUGAUUUUUGUUUUUUAAUAUGUACAAGCACAUACAAAUUAUUGAUUCCUUUCUGUAUAGCACAAAUCUCGAAAUUAACUUAAAUAUUAUAUAAUUCUAUAUUAUAAUUUAGAUCUCCUUAUUUUUAAAUAAUGAACUUUGAAGCAAAAUCUUGAUUAAAACAUUUUAAUUUAACUUUUUAUUUUAUUAAAAAUUUAAUUUUUUAUUAUAUCUUAAGUUUUUUAGUAAGUUUUAUUGAAAAGUCUUAAUUUUGAGACUAACAAUUCUUCCUAAUCUGCACCAACGAAUAUCUGUAGUCGAGAAAAAAAAAGGAAGAGAGCACCUAGUUCUGGGACACUAUUACUGUUAAAAAAGAACAAAAAAAUUUCUUAUAUUUCCAAAACAGUAUGUGAACACAAGUGUCUUAUGCAUAAUAAAACCCUACGUACCUAAUGCGAUCAUCAGUUGUUAUUUGAAAUAGUAACAAUUAGUUCCAAAUAUCAAUAAUUUGAUAUUGUGUUCCAAGAUGUAUAACAAUAUAUAAUCGCAAAUAAAGCAAUUUACACAUCUUA